AUGAAUAUAGCUUCGAGGAUUCGGCGAAGCUUUUUCAGAGAGAAGAAUGAUAAACUUCCAAAUGGAUCAUCGAGCAGAAACGAAGAAGUUAAAGAUGAUUUGCUUGGAGUAACUGAUGAUUUAAUCAAUCAAAUCAGAUCCUUCACCAUUGACACAUUUAAGAACUUCUCUCUGAAAGAAGAAGAAGAAGAAGCGUCUGUGAGUCCGUUAAAGGAUGAAGUUAAUGGAGUGAGCUCCUCUGCAAAUGUGAAGAAGGAUUUAUCUGAUUGGCAAGAGAAACACGCCAUUCUCGUUUUAUCGAAAUCGAAGGAACUCUCUCAGCUGAGGUUUAAGUUAUGCCCACGUCUCUUAAAGGAAGAGCAGUUUUGGAAGAUAUAUUUCCAACUUGUGAGGAACCUUGUAGCAAAAUAUGAGGUGUUAGCAAUCCAACAGGCUAAAAUCAGGAGAAUGGCUAUGGAAGAGAGUGAAACUUCAAAAACUAAAGGUGUAUAUGAAGUUGAAAUGUCAGAGACAAGACAAAAGUUGAGUACGGAACCUGCAACACCAUAA